AUGGAUACGCUCUUAACAGCGGAGAUUGUCGUGAACUCCCCACGGUUUCGACGGAAGUCGUCGACGUUUGUCGAUGCUAUCCAUGACUUACCAGAAAAGGCCGAUCUUGCCCCAGCUCAGCUAUAUAGCACUGAGUCUGGUAGGCUUUUUCACUCAGGUCGGAUUGUCAUUAUUACUGUAGGCCUCCCCGCGAGAGGCAAGACGCUAGGUGUCAAAACCAGGAUAUUCCAUCUAGGAGACUAUCGACGAGCUACUAUUCCCCAUGGGGAAGACAUCCCGGAUGAUUACUUCUUCGUGAAUGCAUCUGCAUCGUCAGUUCUUCUUAGACAGAAAAUAGUAAAGAGGUGUCGUGAGGAUAUAUAUCAGUUCCUAAACGAGGAAAAUGGCCAGAUUGCCAUCUACGACGCUGUGAACCCAUCGGCCGCUGGGCGGAGAUCUCUCGCAAAUGAAUUUGCCAAACAUGAGAUCGAGACAUUAUUCAUCGAGUCGUGGUGCGAUGACUAUCGCAUCAUUGAGGAGAAUGUCCGCAGGGUCAAGAUAUCAUCACCAGAUUAUGUGGGUUGGACAUCUGAGGAUGCUGUCAAGCACUAUUUGGCUCGGAUAUCUGCCAGAAUCCCCCAGUUUCAUACCAUGGAAGAAAAAGAUCUCAACUAUAUCAAGAUGAUAAAUGCGGGGGAGAGACUGAUUGUCAACAACAAAAGUUUUGGUUACCUGUCAAAUCGGAUAGUGUUCUAUCUUCUCAAUCUUCAUAUCAAGACGAGACGCACAUACUUUGCUCGGGCUGGUGUCUCGGUGGAUGCCAAUUCCUAUAAGGCAGAUGGCCCUCUGUCCGAAAAGGGGCAGGAUUAUGCUAGAAAAAUGACCGAAACUCUGCUGAACGACAGAGAAUCCGAAAAGCAGGCAAUCAUUGAUCAAGGAGAGACCGACUAUGAGCUUAAGCCUUUGACAGUUUGGACUUCUACGAGACACCGAACAGUCGAGACUGCAAAGGAUUUGCAUGAAAAGGGGUACAAAGUUCGGCAGAGAUCUCAGCUGAGCCAGCUGAAUCCAGGCGUUUGUGAAUUGAAGUCUGAGAGAAGAAUUCGGGAAGAAUACCCGGAUGAAGUGGCUAAGCAUGGGCUUGACCCUUAUCACCAUAGAUAUCCCCGGGCAGAGUCAUACCAUGAUCUUGCUGUGCGACUUGAACCGAUAAUUUUGGAACUUGAAAGGGAACAGAACGACCUGCUAAUCAUUGCCCAUGAGAGUGUGCUUAGGGUUCUGUAUGGUUACCUCAUGGCGUGCAAUGCCGCGGAUAUUCCAUUCUUAGAAUUUCCCCGCGACGAAAUAAUAGAAAUAAUUCCCGAGAGUUACCAAAACGAGGCCCGCAGGAUCAAAAUUCCCGAUCUGCCAACUGAGAUCAUUCCUGGGUCACCCCAAGACAUUGAGAUCCCGGUCCCUCCUAGUGGUGUUAAUACCCCUUCAGUCCAAGGUAUCGGGUCUCCGAAUGACGGCGUAUUGACGCCGCAAGGUGCACCAAAUCCCUCCUUCGCCGACUUUAUGGUCUCCAUCACCACCGAAUACAUUAGCGUCGGCGGAAAUAGGCACCCCGCCGCCGCGGAUUGGGAUGUUCAGUCCGGCAUCCUGGCCUACGGUGCAGAUAAUAAUGUAGCCUUGUGGGAUCCUCUGGAAGAAUCAAAUCGUGGUGUCUAUUCGCUUCUCGUUGGCCAUACGGACAAGGUCAGCGUCGUCCGAUUUUAUACCUGUCCCAAGACAGGAACAAAGCUCCUCAUAACUGGCUCUGUCGAUUGUACCGUGCGCUUAUGGAGAGCCGAACCAACUAAUCACAGGCAAUUUGCUCAUGUGCUUGCUUUGACGGAUCAUACGGGCUCAGUCAAUGCUAUUUCUAUAAACGAAGGCCUUGACAUUAUCGCAACGGGAGGAGCUGAUGGAACCAUCAAGAUAUGGAGGAUACAUGCCGGAGAAUCUGUGGGAGGUGAGCUGUUGGAGAGUAUACCAAUGAAGCCGCGUUAUUUCCCGCUGGCACUGGCAUUAGCCCCGCUUCCGACAGAAACACAAGACAGGCCAGCGGCACUGGCGGUUGCUGGCACCACCGAUAAUGUGCAAAUAUACGUUGCCGCAGAUACUGUUACGACGCCACACUUCAAAAUGUCUGCUACACUUUCCGGCCAUGAGGCCUGGGUGCGUUCUCUUUCUUUCACUGCGGACAUGCAGAGCAAGACAGGUGACCUUUUGCUUGCCUCCGCGAGCCAAGACAAGUAUGUUCGACUAUGGCGACUCAAUCGUGGAGAGGCUGCGGCUGCAGGACCGAAUGAAGACCCUGUUCUGGGCGGACUCGAACCGACAUUGUCCAAUAAAGCCCAUCAGUUCGACGCGGCAGGCUCUAAGUAUUCCAUGACGUUCGAGGCCCUCUUAUUCGGCAACGAAGAUUGGAUAUAUACUACUGCGUGGAAUCCAAACCCCGAGCGCCAGCAACUUCUCACUGCAUCCGCAGACAAUACUUUGACUAUCUGGGAGCAGGAUCCAGUAUCCGGAGUAUGGCUCUCUGCCGAACGAAUGGGAGAGCUCAGUGUACAAAAAGGCUCUACCACAGCAACUGGCAGUACUGGAGGCUUUUGGAUUGGCCUCUGGUCACCGGACGGUAAACAGGUUGUCAGCCUUGGACGUACGGGUAGCUGGAGGGCAUGGAUAUAUGAUGCCGAAGCUGAUAUCUGGGUCCAGACUCUAGGCAUCACUGGGCAUGUGCGACCUGCGAAUGGAAUCCAAUGGGAGCCUUCUGGAGGAUAUCUUCUGUCGACCAGCGCGGACCAAACAACCAGACUCCAUGCACAAUGGCUGCGCGAUGGGAAAAAGUCGUGGCACGAAUUCUCCCGGCCACAAAUCCACGGCUAUGAUUUAAACUGCAUUGAUACACUGGGACCGCAACGUUUCGUAUCAGGUGCCGAAGAAAAGCUUCUACGAGUAUUCAACGAACCCAGACCUAUUGCCCAGUUGCUUGAAAAUCUUUCUGGGCUCGCACAGACUGCAGAGGGCGAACUUCCAGAUACAGCGCAGAUCCCAGUACUGGGUUUGUCCAAUCAAGCUGUGGGUGAGGAAGCCCCUGUGGAAUCAGAUACGGUUGAGGCCGAGGGCGCGGGGCAAGGCCAUGCAUAUCAAGCGAUACUAUCGAAUUCGACCCGCCCCCCUCUCGAGGACCAGCUGGCUCGUAACACCUUGUGGCCCGAGCACGAAAAGCUUUACGGUCAUGGAUACGAGAUAUCCGCCGUGGCUGUGAGUCACGACCGCACCGUCAUCGCUACUGCGUGCAAAGCUAGCUCAAUAGACCAUGCAGUGGUGCGCCUGUACGACACGACCGACUGGCACGAAAUUCGUCCAUCACUUGCAGCGCAUACUUUGACUAUCACAAGCCUCUCUUUUUCUUCUGAUGACCAGUACUUGCUCAGCGUUGGACGAGAUCGCCAGUGGGCAGUUUAUCGUCGAAGUGAAUCAAAACCCUCGGUUUUUGCGCUCAUGACAUCCAACCCGAAGGGUCAUUCGCGCAUGAUUCUUGAUGCGGACUGGGCUCCUGCAUCAGAACCUUACCUUUCGAUAUUCGCUACAGCGGGUCGAGACAAGUCGAUCAAGCUGUGGCAGAUAACGGGUGAGUCAGUCGAGUGUAAAGCUACCAUUCCUGCGAGGAGCUCAGUCACUGCCAUCUCAUUUUUCCCACAUGCGUAUAAUGGGUUGCUCUUCAUUGCAGUGGGGGAGGAUGACGGGAAGCUCUCGAUCCAUCAAAUCAACGUGGACAAUCUAGAAGCCAGCCCGCUAGUGAGCUUUGAUAGAGACAACUCACCGUCGAAAACUAUCACGGAGCUAUCAUGGCGCCCCGUCUCACAUCUGAGUGAGACGGGAGAAGGGAAGGAAAGCCUAGAACUUGCUGUCGCAAGCGAAGACACUUCAAUACGUAUAUACAGCAUCUCAAGCAUGAUGCCCGAGCCGUGA